AUGGCUGAUUACUCGCUACCACAAAUAAUCCAUAAUUUCAACGAACAUCUUAAUAUUGAAUGGAAUUUAUUAAUUAGCCAAAAUGAAAUAACUGCUGAAAUCGAAACAAUGCUGAAGGAUAAUACAAGACCCGUUGCAAUCAUUGCAGAAUCUAUGGAAGAAAGAGAGAAAUUUAAAUCGCCCAUUUGGAAAGAUGAUGAUAACAACAAAUUCCUCUAUGAAAUUUUCCCGGAGAACAGUUUGGUUAUUGUCAAUGUUCAAAAAGGUUCGGAUAAACAUAAUUUCCUAUAUAUGGCUAAUAUUACCAAAUAUCACUUGAAAAGAAUGUAUUUCAUCUACAUUGUAUGGAUUGUGAAUGGAGCAAAAAUUGAUGAUAUAUUGGAUUACGCCCAAACAUGUUGGAAUUAUGGAUUUACCAAGGUAUUGUUUUUCGGUAAUAAUACAUUGUACACCUACAACAUGUUCCCCAGUUUGGAGGUGGAAAGUGUGCAGCACCUUCAGGACUACUUUAACAGAGAUGAAAUUGUAAAUUUUCAUCAAUAUCCGCUAACUUUUGCCAUAACCUCAAGUCCACCCAGAUGUUUCCGUUACAUCGAUCGACAUGGGAGAGUAGCCUAUACAGGUUAUAUGUAUCAUAUGCUGAUGACUUUUAUUGAAUACUUUAAUUUCACUUUUGAAGAAUAUCCCCACGAUUAUCACGACGAUGACAAGGUUCCGUUGCUUAACGCCCUCAUUAUGGGUAAUAUGGAUUUUUCAGCAUUUCCACCAUAUCCGAAUCGCUCAUUGUUUGCUUCCGAUGUUUUGUGGUUUAAUCACAUUCGUGUCAUUGUGCCCAAUGCCAGCCCAAUUGAUAAAUACAAAUAUUUUGUGAGACCCUUCGAUGGCCUGGUUUGGCUUCUAUAUUGCCUUAUAAUUGUUGCAGCAUCAUUAAAUCUUGCCCUCUUUGUCUAUGUGAAAUACUUUCGCUGGGAAGUGUCCAAAUCCUUUAUGUACAUUUGCAGUUUAUCCCUAUUUCAAUAUCAGCUGCCCAUUCCGGUGCAGUCAUGGCGUUUCAAUUUACUCUACAUUCUGCUCCUCAUCUAUAGUUUUAUAAUGAUAAAUUACUAUCUCUGCAUACUAUCGAGCCUAUUGGUGUUGACAAUUUACGAAAAUCAAAUUGAGACAUUUGAAGAUUUGGGCAAAACCAGUUGGAGACUAAAGGCAACCCAGGAAGACAUUGAUUAUUAUUCAUCGGUUUCGAACAUUUCCCCAAUUAUACUGAACAUUUCCCUUGCAGUUGAUGGCAUAGUCUUGGAUAGUUUGAGAAGAAAUUUAAGUGUCCUCUCCGCCCUGAAUGCCUACGAUGAUAAGCUGGAAUUCUAUUUGUAUCAACAGCGUUACUUGAAAGUUCCACGAGUUCGUAUGAUUAAACCGGUCGUACUGAGUUCUCCAUUUUUCUUUGGAAUGCGCCACAAUUUACCUUAUAUGAAACUCUUUAAUCGCUUUCUAAUGAAUUUGGCAUCCUCGGGAUUGUUGUGGAAAUUUUAUUUCGACAUGGAGUUGAAUGGAAUCUUGAGUGGUGAAUUACAUUACCUCAAAGAUGGCGAAGACGGUGAUCAUCUUCUAUCACUGGAGUAUUUCUAUGCCCCAAUCUGUUUAUAUUGCUUUGGUAGUGUUUUGUCAGCGUUUGUAUUUCUUUUCGAAAUUUUAUAUUUUAAAUGUUCCAAAAAGAUGUUCAGGAAAAAGAAUCGAUAA